UCAUUUUCUUACACCAAACAAUGAAGAUGACAUUUUCUCUCUAUUAAAGCAAAGAUCACUUGUAUCCCUUUAUUCUUAAACUUAUCUUACACACACAAAUUCAAACAUGAGCAAUUUUGCAGAGAGAAUUAAGCCACAUGCAGUGAUAACUCCAUAUCCACUUCAAGGCCAUAUCAAUCCGUUGUUAAAACUAGCAAAACUUCUUCAUCUUAGAGGCUUUCACAUAACCUUUGUCAACACCGAAUACAAUCACAAACGUUUGCUCAAAUCAAGAGGUCCAAAAGCCUUUGAUGGUUUCACUGAUUUUACCUUUGAGACUAUUCCAGAUGGUUUAACUCCGAUAGAAGGCGAUGGUGAUGUUAGUCAAGACAUUAUCUCUCUUUCCGAUUCAAUAAGAAAGAAUUUCUAUCACCCCUUCUGUGAACUUCUUGCUAGACUUAAAGAUUCUUCCAAUGAUGGUCAUAUUCCUCCUGUUAGUUGCUUAGUUUCUGAUAUUGGAUUGACUUUUACUAUACAAGCUGCUGAAGAACAUGGUUUACCUAGUGUUCUAUUUAGUUCAGCUAGUGCAUGUUCACUUCUGUCGGCUUUGCACUUUCGUACAUUGAUUGAUAAAGGUGUCAUACCACUCAAAGAUGAGAGUUAUUUGACAAAUGGAUAUUUGGACACUAAAGUUGACUGGAUUCCAGGUUUGGGAAACUUUAGACUAAAGGACCUGCCUGACUUUAUAAGAACUACUGAUCCUAAUGAUAUAAUGAUAAAAUUUAUCAUUGAAGCGGCCGAUAGGGUUCAUGAAGCUAAUUCUAUUGUUUUCAAUACUUCUGAUGAACUUGAGAAUGAUGUAAUAAAUGCUCUAUCUAUUAAGAUCCCUUCUAUUUAUGCCAUUGGCCCUUUAACUUCAUUUUUGAAUCAAAGUCCGCAAAAUAACUUGGCUUCUAUAGGUUCUAAUCUUUGGAAAGAAGAUAUGAAAUGUCUUGAAUGGCUUGAAUCUAAGGAACAAGGUUCUGUAGUUUAUGUGAAUUUUGGAAGCAUCACGGUCAUGACUCCAGAUCAACUGUUAGAGUUCGCUUGGGGUUUGGCCAACAGCAAGAAACCUUUUUUGUGGAUUAUUAGGCCUGACCUUGUCAUUGGUGGCUCGGUUAUUUUGUCAUCCGAUUUUGUGAAUGAAACUUCGGAUAGAGGCGUAAUAGCAAGCUGGUGUCCGCAAGAGAAAGUGUUGAACCAUCCUUCAGUUGGAGGAUUCUUGACUCAUUGUGGAUGGAACUCCACAAUGGAAAGCAUCUGUGCCGGAGUACCAAUGUUGUGUUGGCCUUUUUUUGCUGAGCAGCCAACAAAUUGCAGAUAUAUUUGCAAUGAAUGGGAGAUUGGAGCAGAAAUUGAUACCAAUGUGAAGAGAGAGGAGGUGGAGAAGCUGAUCAAUGAAUUAAUGGUGGGAGAUAAAGGAAAGAAGAUGAGGCAAAAGGCCAUGGAAUUGAAGAAGAAGGCAGAGGAGGACACAAGACCAGGUGGUUGUUCAUAUGUGAACUUGGAAAAAGUGAUUAAGGAGGUGCUGCUCAAACAAAAUUAGAUUAAAGUGAUUUUUUUCCCUGCAAAGUACUGUAUUUCUAUAUUGAUUUUCUCUUAUUGAAUAUAUUUCUUUGACAAGCUCCAACACAUGUGAGUAUCGUGUCCAAUGUCUCUGUCUGUGUCCGUGCUUCAUAGGUUUAUAAUUUGGUUGAUCAGGGUUUCAACCUUAUUCCGCACUUAAAUUUCUAGCUAUUCAUGAUUUA